AUGGGGGCGAAAUGGAGCCUCCAUGUUCAGAGGCAAUAUCUCUGCAUCCGUGGCCGAAUGGCAGGGUGGGCUACUGCCUUCAUCCUCCGCUUCCUGGAUACGCUUCAAGAAGACUUCCAGAUCAUAACAACCAGGCAGGCUCCACCUACCCUGAAUUCCUCCUCCUGGGACCGGCUGCCAGGUACACGCUUGCCUCCACCUGUCACACGCCCAGCCUUCACGCGAAAUGGCAGAGCAGCGCAGAUGCUGGGAGGCUGGAAGCAGAAUGGGAUGUUUUAUCCUCAGCCAAAAGCUACGCAGCAGAGGCGCACUGAUGUGCUCACACUGACCCCCUGGCUGGCCCCUGUGGUCUGGGAAGGGACAUUCGACUCAGCCAUGUUGGACAGCGUUUACAAGCCUUUGAACCUCACCAUCGGAGUGACAGCCUUUGUUGUUGGGAAAUAUAUAAAAUUCAUGGGCCGCUUCUUGGACUCUGCAGAAAAGCAUUUCAUGACGGGCUAUCAUGUGAAUUAUUACAUCUUCACCGACAAUCCUCAAGAAAUCCCCUUCGUCCAGCUUCAGCCUGGACGAAGCCUCAGCCUCGUCCCCAUCAGAAAAUACAAGCACUGGGAAGAGAUCUCCAUGCGGCGGAUGGAAGCCAUAAACCUCCACAUCUCAGAGACCAUCCACCGCGAAGUGGAUUACCUCUUCUGCUUGGACAUUGAUAUGGUGUUCCAUAACUCCUGGGGCCCAGAGACCCUGGGGGAGAUGGUAGCAACGAUCCAUUCGGGCUACUAUGACAGCCCAAGUCGGAAGAUGUUGCCUUAUGAGAGGAGAAAGGCUUCAGCGGCCUACAUCUCUAGUGGAGAGGGGGACUUCUACUACAGUGGGGCUGUCUUUGGCGGCCUGGUCAAGAAUGUGUAUGAGUUUACCAGGGCUUGCCACAUGACCAUACUGGCUGACAAGGCCAACGGCAUCAUGGCUGCCUGGCAGGAAGAGAGCCAUCUGAACAGACACUUCCUGUCCAAUAAACCUUCCAAGUUGCUCUCACCGGAGUACAGCUGGGAUGACCAGAGGCCAAAGCCUUCUGAGCUGAGGGUCAUACGGCUCUCAUCGGUGGCUAAGAAUUUCAAGGAGGUAAGGGAUUAA